AUGGAGGAGCAGAGGACGAGGAUGGAGGAGGAGAAGAGGGAGGUGGAGCAGAGAGCCAUGGAGGUGCAGAGGGCCAGAGAGGAGCUCCAGAGGGAGCGCGAGGAGGUGCAGAGGGCCAGAGAGGAGCUCCAGAGGGUGCGCGAGGGCGAGGAGCGUCACCGAGAGCACCAGAUCAGGAUGAAGGAGCUGAGGUUCGAGGAGGAGUGGCAGAGGCUCCGGGUGGAGUGGAGGAGCAUGGAGGAACAGAGAACCGAGCUGCAGAUCACGAAGAACAUGCUGGAGGAGAAGAAGAUACGACUGAGGGAGAUCGUGGUCAGGAGGCGCGAGGGUGCCAAAUCGAGACAGCGAGAGCUGGACGCGGCGUGGCGGGAUUUCGAAGAGCAACGAGAGGAGGCCCGACGGGAGGAGGUCACGAUGAGACGAGAGCUGGACGAUGAGUGGGCAAGCCUGAACUCCGAGAGGAGGAAGCUGGAUCGGGAUAGAGAGGAGCUUCAGGCGAACGCGUGCUCAAUGAAAGGCAGAAUGGCUCAGAAGAAAGAGCGGGACACCAGGCGGAAGGAAGAGGUGCGGGACGAGUGGCGGAAGAUACACGAGGAGAGGCGCAAGGUGGAGCUGGAGAAGAGCCAGCUGAUGGAGCAGAAGCGUCGCGAGCUGGACGAGCGGCUGGAGAAGAUCCAUGUGGAGCGGCAGCACGCGGUGCAGACGCUGGAGGCCGAGAGGAUGGACAUGGUGAACAAGAUGGAGGCCGAGAGGCUGGACUUGACAUUCAAGUUGGAGGCAGAGAAGCGGGACGUGGCCAAGAGACGCAGCGCGCAGGAGCUGGAGGCCAGGCGCGAGCAAGAGAGGCUGCAGCUUAGGGAAACUAGGCUUGCUGAGAAGGCGGAGCUACGCCGGGAGAGGGCGGAGCUGACCAGAGUGGAGCUGCAGCAGCAGCAGACGCAGUUGCGGGCUUUGCAGAAAUCCAUCGAACAGCAGUCAGAGCAGACCAUGUGA